GGAAAAACAAGCGUCCAUUUUCUACAGAAAUCAGUCUCUGUCUUGACAUUUUGACAUUAUCAAAGAAAUUGCAUGAAUUACUCAUAUUUUUUACUGAAAUACAUGUUGAAGUGGUUAAUAUUUGACCGUUUAUUAUUAAGGUAAUCGAAAAAACUGCAAUAAAAUGAAAAAUACGUGACAUCAAAUAUAUAAAUCACAUGAUAAGUUCUUGCGAUCCUAAUAUGACAAGGUCUGUUACAAAAUAUUGGUAACUCGAGCCAGUCUGGCAUUGUUUUUGUCUAGUUAAACCACUUCUUCGAUGGUGUUUAGUGAUUUUAUAACAUCGAUUAUCAAGUUCAAGUGGAGAUGGUUCGAGCCAAUAGCUUGAUGGCAGCCCAGGAGGGUGUGAAGACCCCCCACCGCAUUGAACUAUGCGAAGAGAAGCCUGUCAGACCUACGCGCAACUAUAGAAAGCGCAGGAUAAUAUCUGCAGUACAGCCAAAGACUGAGAAUGCAGUAAAUUCAGAACCUCCAGUGAAGAAGGUUGAAUUAAGGUCUAAGCCACUGAAGACUAGCAACGGUAUUACAAAUAUGACGAACGGGCACACGCUGAGGUCGAGAGCGGCGCGCGCAGCCGCCCGAGCUGCCGAGAGUCAUAAACUUACUGAAUACUUCAAGGAAGAGCUGAAGAGUCCUAAAGUGGAACCUCCACCGUCGCCGCCACCGAUAGAGAAAACCAUAACCAAAUUGGAAAAAGUUGUGAAUGGUGAUUCCAACCACAAGUUAACAGAAUACUUCCCAGUUAGACGUAGUGUAAGGAAGACAUCGAAAUGUGUCAUGGCAGAGAAGAUGCGGGACUUAGAGCGGGCUGUGAGAGAACAGAGGGAAGAUGGACUGCAAGUGGCAUAUUUCGAUGGCAAAGGGCGCGGUGUGAUAGCGACCCGUCCGUUCGGUCGCGGACAGUUCGUGGUGGAGUACGCUGGCGAACUGGUGGGCGUGGCGGAGGCGAGGGAGCGGGAGCACAAGUACGCACAGGACCCCGAGGCCGGCUGCUACAUGUACUACUUCAGACACGGAGACCAACAGUAUUGUAUCGACGCGACAGCAGAGUCAGGUCGGCUAGGUCGGCUGGUGAAUCACUCGCGCAAUGGCAACCUGUCGACCAAGGCGGUGUGGGUGGACGGGCCGCGGCUGGUGUUGCUGGCGGCGCAGGAUAUUGCGCCGGGCGAGGAGCUCACCUACGACUACGGGGACCGCUCCAAAGAGUCACUACAGCAUCAUCCCUGGCUCGCACUCUGACCUGGGUGAGCCAUACACACUUUAAUAAUAAUUACUAAGAAGUAUGGUCGACAAAAAUCUCAUUGGACUACUAAGAAUUAUUUAUUAAUUUAGCCUUAGAUACUAUGAAGUUUGUUUGUUAUAAAGUUUUAUGUUGAUUGGACAUUGAUGUGUUUAGUAGUGAGACAAGUGGCCUAACACUUUGGACGCUAUGACGGAGUGGUCGGAUCACGAUAAUUAAACUGCCUUAAACCACUCGUGGUUAUGUGACUAAGAUAUGGAAAUAAAUAAAGACAACUAUGUAAAGAGGUUGCGUCAAAGCAGUUGCAGCUGUCAAGGCUCGGAUACCGGUUAAAUUUUCAAACCGUUAUUAUGUACUUGUACGCAAAACCUUUACAUUGGGUUUCGUUCGCGAAACCGGUUUUUUUAAACCGGUAUUUGGAACAGUAUUUUCAUAAAGGUUUUUUCGGAUUAACCGGUUUAGAGCAAUAAAAACCGGUUAAUACGACGCACAUCAAAGAAACGCCGCGCGCUGUUCAGCUUAUUUCAAUAAUAAUAUUUCAACGCGUGUACCGACAUGCCCCUCGUCGAAUAAACCGGUUAAUUUAGGUUAAAAUAAAGUUCUUUAAUGUUCACGUUCUUAAGAAAAGUUCGGAGGAAAACCGAUAUAAACCGGUAUUAACCGGUAUUUUUUAAACCGGUUCCGAGCCUUGGCAGCUGGCUAUGUUCAGUGCUGUUGGCAUUGGCCAUAUUAUUAAAAAUAUAUCCAGGUGACUGAAAUUAAAGCUAUUUUUGCAUAAUACCUCAAAAAUGAGAAAGACAAAAAUAACAACAUAACUAAACAACUGGAUUGACGAUCUCUGAGAACCAAGAGCUGUCAGAAUUUUUGUAAUAAGGAUGUUGAGUUUAUUAUGUGUUGUCGUUUUGUAGUAUUAAAGUGUGCAACAGUAUUUCAUGUUUGUUUUGUGAUGGGAAUAAUCUCAGACUCAUAGACAACUAAUGUUUACUGCUUAGUUUUAAUUCUCGGGUUUAAAGUGUGGACAGGUUUGAGUUAUAUAAACAACACCCCCUGUAGAAAAUAGAAAUGUAUAAUGACCUAUACGAAUGUUAUUUGGGGGUUGAGAAAAAAUGUGGAAUUUAUGUAAAAUGCUCAGUGGAUGUAAAGUUCUGCAAACGUUAUGUUGGAUAGUACUGAGGUUGUCUUAUCUAAGUAAAAGUUUCUAAACGAUAUAUUAUGUAUUGCUAUAUUAGCGAUACAGUUUACAUCCACUGAGUAAAAAUGACACUUUCAACUAGGUAUCUUAAAACAGGGAUAUAUUGUUAAACCAAAUUGUUCCAAUUUUAUAUGAGCUAUUUUGGGUAGACUAAGUCCAUUGUUAGAGAUAUCAAGUAGAUAGUUCAAUUGAUAGGAGAAUGUUGCAGUGUGCCUCAAGUACUGGCCAGUACCAGCCAAGUACUUGGUAAACGGAAGCAACGAUUGACACGGCUAAGCACGGUACGAUUGUAUUUAAUCGACGAUGUCGAGGUGAGACAAGCUCUCAGUAGUUGGGAUAUGCAAAUGCUUUGAUUGCAGAGUAUGCUCUCAAAAUAUCCGUACUUUACGAGCGAUAUAACAUGUAACCAGUGGGUUGACCGUGGUUUGAAUAUAAUUUCAAUGUUUCUAGGAAAUAUGACUUUGAUUAAUGUCAGUUCCUAGUUGUCGAUCUCUUCCAUGUCGCGUUAAUUACUAAAAUGUUUCUUUAGCAUUGAUGAAUGAUGCCUAUAAGGUACAAAUUGACCAAGACAUAAUGCUGGUUGCAGACUGUUCCAAUGUCAGACUUGCUAGCAGCCACGAUACAAACUCGGUCACGACACAAACUCGAAUAGUUUUCGUAUUUAUAAUUAGUUUUAAUUUUUAAGAUAAGUGAAAUGUUUUCAGAAAGACGGUGAGGUUGUAAGAGUUGCUCAUUGUAUUAAAGAUAUUUUUUAAAUAUUGAUUCCUAAAUUUGUCCAAAGUCAGAAUAUGUACUACAUUUUAUUUAAUUCCUUCAUUUUGAUUAUAAUUCAAUAUCAUUUGGAAAUAGUGUUGUAUUCAUUUAUCAAAUGAUGCUGCGAUUGCCCACCGAAGUGAGAAAUUAGGCUUCCAUCCAUUGUUACAUCACAGAACACCACUAUAGCAAUAACAUAGGUACUUUAAUACUUCUAGAAUAUUAGGCUCCAUUUCACUAUUUAAUAUGUGAUGAAUACGAACACUCCAGACAUGACAGAGAACAAUUAUUUUUUAAUAUUAGAUAUUUGAACCAGUUUCGGUAGUAAGUAAUUGUAUAACAAAUACACCAAACAAUACACAUACAUAUAGAGAUAAUUUUAUAAAAUAAUCGUAUUAAACGCGUUGAGUGCAAAAAGAUACCCUAAUAUAAUAAUCCAUGAAUGAAGCAACUAUAUUAUCAAGUCGCGUAUUGAGUACAUCAGGUGAUACGCUUACCUUAGCUCGUAAGUCCAAAAUGGCAUGAAUAAAUUAGCCAAACUAUAUUGGGCAUAAGUAAAGAGUUAGGUAAUUAAAGUAAUAAAUUUAAAUAUUUUACUAUGAAUUAAAUCAUACAGUUUCUUGAAUGUGUAAUGUCUACGAGACUUGUGUAGGUGAUUAUAAGCGUAUGUGUGAUAGAGAAUGUAUCCUCGAUAGUAAGUAAAUACGAUACAAAUAUGGAGUGUUGAAGCAGGGGAACAUGCGCCCGACCUCGGUGCAAGCGCCUUAUCGUCUGACCUGUCAGGGACGCGAGUUUGAUACAUGUCAUGUCAAAAUUUGAAGGGAAUUUGUAAUUUUUAUAUGUAUCGUAGUCUAUGAUUGUAAGUUAUGCAGCUGGUGGGCAGCAGUGGUCACCAAAAGAGUAAAUAAAUUAAAUAAAUAAUUAUUGUUAAUGAUAAUAUUGUAGUCUGGGGUAGCCGGCCCUUGUAGCUUUGUAAAAUUCAGCGUUGUUUAUUAGUUUCGGCCGGCCAAAAUUCAAUAUGUUAAUUUAUAUUAUAAGAUUAUCAAAAUUAACGUGUAGCAAAUGAAUGUUAUGGCUGGCGACCCUUAUAAGAAUAAUGUUAUUGUACCGAUCGUGCACUUCAUUUUUUCUACUUGACAUAGGUUAAUGUAGCUGGAUCGUAAACGUAGUCAGUAUAUAAUGAUACGCUUGCCGCAUUAUGAUGCCAAAUAAGAGAUCACAAAGUGAAAGAAUGAGUGUAGUGGUGCAGUCGAUAGCCUUCCCCGAAUCCAGCCACAUUACUGCGUUAUACGUUAGUGUUGCUUCGUAGUUCCUACUCCCUCUAACUGUUACUAAGUGACUUCCUAAACCUAACCUACCUACUCUAUAUUGUUGUGUACCGCGCUGCUAGGUACUUCUUAUAUUUCAAUAUCUGACGUUGACUAGUGACGCUUACGUAAAACUCGUUCAUUGCAAACUUCCUUAGGUAUACAAUAAUCUACCUUAUUUUUCAAAUAUUAGGAACUAGGAUAAACAAAUCAUUUAUUUGAAUAUUACUAUUUUAAUGCGUUUUGUUUCAUUCAAAUAAUGUUUGAUGUUGCUAUUUUAAUCAGUUUUCUCGGCAGAUUUUUUUGCCUGUUUACAUGUUGCGGUAACAUAACUGUAUUUACGAAAUGCUGUCAUCAUUUUUACCUAAUUAUAUCAUGGUGAUGGCUGUAGUAUUGAUAUUCUUGUUAUGUUUGUAUAUCUGCCUUGUAGAUAUUUGAUGACUAGAACAAAGAAUCUACUGAUUAAAAUGGAUUAUAGACAUUAUGAUAUUAUUUAAAUCUAUAUAAAAAAUUAGUUAUUUGAAGAUAAGCAAAAGAAGUAACUACAUCCGACACAAGCUAAAGGACACAUGACAUAAAACUAUGUCAUUGUCGGUCAAGGUUAAUAAUGAGGUAACCAGCCAGGUAAACCAAAGAAAGUGACGAACUUGUGUCCUCGUGCCCUCUAUUCCCUAGCUACCUCUUCUGUAGAGGCUAGACGAAUUAUCCAUUUGUAAUGAAAUAUGAUGUAAUGUAAAAAAUAUCUAGUGCCGCGAUCAUUAAUAAUUGUGCACCGCGCCCGACGGGCCGUGUUUUUAUUUAGCGCUUAUAUUGUUGAUGAAUAACUAAUAUAAUUCUUAGAUAGAUAAGUUAUUAUUUAUAAAUAAUGAAUUUAUGAUGUAAAUGAAGUUAUUGUUAGACAUUCUCCACUGCUUUCGUAACUGCUGUCUAGUUGAGUACAUUAGGGUGUUAUAUUACAAAAUGUGCUUUAUACGUAAGUUGUAAUACCUAAGUAGCAGUUGUGCAGUGGACGUCAAUUUAAAUUUCAUGUUAAAUUUUAUUCUCUUCAUAUUACACAAUGAUGUAUAUAAGUAUAUGAAUGCCGAUAGUGACCGAAUAAAGUUUUGAAUACAAAGAUAUAUUUUUAUAAAACCGUCGUUAAUUUUCCGAAUACUUUUAUAGGACACAUUUUAUAUUCCUUGUGAAAUAUGAAGCGAUGGGAUUGCAAAGGAUUGGAACUAUGAUUAUUAUGACAGUAUUGUUAACGGCUAUUUUCCUAAGUAGCGGUGUUAUGAGACUUAAUAAUUUAUUUUAAAUAAAUGCGGGCCGCCACACUGCCCUAAUAUUAAUCAGUAGUGAUCGAGAAUUGGGUGAAAUAUAAAAAAUGAACUGUAA